UCCUCCUUUCGUUCAUCCUACCAGGGUCGCCAUAUUAGGACAGGGCAGUUGGCAGCCAUCAAGGUCAUGGAUGUCGCUACGGAUGAGGAGGAAGAGAUCAAAUCUGAGAUCAACAUGCUGAAGAAGUACAGCAAUCACAGGAACAUCGCCACUUACUUUGGAGUGUUCAUUAAGAAGCAACCUCCAGGCAUCGAUGAUCAGCUUUGGCUGGUGAUGGAGUUCUGUGGCGCUGGCUCAGUGACAGACCUGAUCAAAAACACCAAGGGCAACUCGCUGAAAGAGGACUGGAACGCUUACAUCUGCAGAGAGAUUCUCAGGGGUCUAUAUCAUCUCCAUCAGCACAAGGUCAUCCACAGAGACAUCAAAGGACAGAACGUGCUGCUGACGGAGAACGCCGAGGUCAAACUAGUGGACUUUGGAGUUUCGGCCCAGAUGGACAAAACGGUAGGAAAGAGGAACACAUUCAUUGGGACGCCGUACUGGAUGGCGCCAGAGGUCAUUGCCUGUGAUGAAAACCCUGCAGCCACCUAUGAUUGCAAGAGUGAUUUAUGGUCACUGGGAAUCACGGCGAUAGAAAUGGCGGAAGGAGCGCCACCGCUGUGUGAUAUGCACCCAAUGAGAGCCCUUUUCCUCAUCCCACGCAAUCCAGCCCCCAGACUCAAAUCGAAGAAGUGGUCAAGGAAGUUCCAGUCAUUCAUUGAAAACACCCUGGUGAAGAGCUACUCCCAGAGGCCCAGCACACAAGAACUCCUCGCACAUCCCUUCAUCGUAGAGCUUCCCAACGAGAGACAGCUCCGCAUCCAGCUGAAGGACCACAUCGACCGCACAAAGAAGAAGAGAGGAGAGAGGGAUGAGACAGAGUAUGAGUACAGCGGCAGCGAAGAGGAAGACGAAGAAAGGGAAAAAGGCGAACCAAGCUCCAUCAUCAACGUCCCGGGGGAGUCCACCCUGAGGCGAGACUUCUUGCGCCUCCAGGUGGCCAACAAAGAGCGCUCGGAGGCGCAGCGGCGGCAGCAGCUGGAGCAGAAGCAGAACGAAGAGCACAAGCGCUUGCUGCUGGCUGAGAGACAGAAGCGGAUUGAGGAGCAGAAGGAGCAGAGGAGGCGGCUGGAAGAGCAGCAGAAGAGAGAGCAUGAGCUGAGGAAGCAGCAGGAGAAAAGACGCUGUGAGGAAAUGGAUAAGCUCCGAAGAGAGGAGGAGAGGAGGCAAACCGCCAGAGAACAAGCAGCCAGAGAACAGGAGUAUAUCCGUAGGCAGCUGGAGGAGGAACAGAGGCAGUUAGAGAUUCUCCAGCAGCAGCUCCUACAAGAACAGGCAUUGUUACUGGAGUACAAGCGUAAACAGAUCGUGGAGCAGCGACAGGCAGAACUUCUACAAAUGAAGCUCCAGCAGGAGAGAGCCUACCUAGUGUCUCUACAACAGCAACAGCAGCAGCAACAGCAGCAAGAGGGAAGGCAAGCGGAAAAGAAACCGCUUUACCACUUCAAGGAUGUCAGCAAUCCUAAUGACAAGCCUGCCUGGGCUAAGGAGGUCCAGAAGGAGCCAAAUGCUCCUAGUAAAUCAUCUGCCCAAGCACUUAAAAAUCCACCCUCUAGAGAAAAAAAGGUCCCUCAGAAAGCACAUAGAAGUGUAUCCGCUGGAGCAAACCACGUGUCGGAAAAACCCACUAGAAGGCCUCCGAAUAUAGUCCCUGCGAUAUGUAUUGCAGGAGAAUACUGGACGCCCCCAGAUAAGCAGAUGCCAGGGCAAAAUGAGCAAAAGAUCCAAAUCCAGAACAGAGUCAAACAGCCCCCCAAAGAUAAAGCUAGUGCAGACUCAAAUUUUAAAGCAAAACAACAUCCUCACCAGGCUCUAGGACAGACCAAAAUUCCACAGGCCCCUAAAAUAUGUGUUUCGGUAGAACACUGGAUGCCCGAAGAUAAUCUUGUCCUGAACAAGACACAGCAUGAGAUCCAAAACCAGCACAGUGCUGGCAAGGCGCCUUUACAGAAUCACGUAAGAAGACCCGGGGAGUUGUUUAAAGAGACACACGGGUCAGCAGCCUCAAACAUUAAAGUGCUACAGCCUCAUCCCCAGGCUUCAGGACAGAUCCAGACUCCGCAGGGUGGAUCCUCUUCUAACAUACGUCUAUCGGUAGAGGAGCGAUCUAAGAUGAACAGGCAGAGCUCGCCGGCGCUGCAGCACAAAGCGUCCCACCGCAUCUCCGACCCUUCCCUCCCACCCCGCUCCGAGUCGUUCAGCAGCGGAGGCAUGCAGCCCACCCGCACCCCUCCCAUCCACCGCUCCAUUGAACCACAGAUGGCCCAUCUCAUUCCCGUGAAGACGCAUUCCAGCUCCAUUACCGGGUCGCCGUCUCUCCAAGACCAGACGGGCCUGGCUGUGAGCGAGGGGGUUGGCAUGGCGUCACCGAAGCCUGAGAUGCCCCGUCAGAACUCGGACCCCAGCUCAGACACCCCUGGACCGCCGCAACACAUCAGCGGCAGGGAGGAACGAGAACGGGACAGGACCGCUUGGUUGAGGGAAGAGGAUGCCCCCCCUAGGGUCCCCCAGAGGACAACCUCCAUCUCUCCAGCCCUCGUUAGAAAGAAUUCCCCCAACGGUAGCGUGUGUCUAGGCGCUCGCACUGGUUCUCAGCUCAUACGGGCCAGCAAUCCAGAUCUGCGGCGUUCUGAGCUCUCCCUGGACGCCAUACUGCAACGAACUUCCUCUAACUCAUCCUCUUCCUCCUCUCCUUCGUCUCAGGGAGGCUCAUCCGAGAGGAGAGGCCAGACCAAGACAAGCGGAACUCCUCCUGGAGCCAACGACGAGGUUAAACCCAAACAGGAAGAGGGUCGGGAAUCAGCCAGACCCAGCCGACCUGCAAGCUAUAAGAAAGCCAUAGAUGAGGAGGAGCUGGACUUAAGUGCACUGGCUAAGGAACUUAGAGAACUGAGGGUAGAAGAAGGGAGCCGGCCUCCAGUCAAGGUCACCGACUACUCAUCCUCCAGUGAAGAAUCGGAAAGCAGCGACGAGGACGGGGAGGUGCUGGGGCACGACGGGACCGUUGCCGUCAGCGACAUCCCCCGCAUCAUGCCGGGAGUGCCGAGCAGCUCUGAGUCGUACGGAGGCCUGGCGGAGGACGCUCUGGGAGACGCCUAUAGUAGCUCCAGGGACAGUACUCUGAUGAUGAGAGAGGCAGAGGAGCGGAGGAGAGGCGGUCACUCGGAAAGCAAUGGGUUCGGCAAUCACGGUAACCUGCCUGACCUGGUGCAACAGAGCAACUCUCCCAACUCCACGCCCACCACCGCUCUGCAGGAGCUGAGUGACAUGGCCGAGUUCGGUUUGAGUGGAUCCAAAGCAUCGUUUACUCCCUUCGUUGACCCGCGUGUCUAUCAAACGUCCCCGAGUGAAAACGAUGAGAACUCAGCAGCAGCCAUGUUCGCCAACGAGCUGCUGAGGCAGGAGCAGGCACGACUCAACGAAGCCAGAAAGAUCUCCGUCGUGAAUGUGAACCCCACAAACAUCAGACCUCACAGCGACACGCCAGAGAUCCGUAAAUACAAGAAGCGCUUCAACUCCGAGAUCCUGUGCGCCGCGCUCUGGGGUGUGAACCUGUUGGUGGGGACGGAAAAUGGUUUAAUGUUGCUUGACCGAAGUGGACAGGGCAAAGUCUACAACCUGAUCACAAGACGGCGAUUCUUACAGAUGGAUGUGCUGGAGGGUCUGAAUGUGUUAGUCACCAUAUCUGGCAAAAAGAAUAAGUUGCGUGUCUACUAUUUGUCCUGGCUGAGGAACAGAAUAUUACACAAUGACCCAGAAGUUGAGAAGAAACAGGGUUGGAUCACUGUUGGAGAGCUAGAGGGCUGUGUGCAUUAUAAAGUUGUAAAGUAUGAGAGGAUCAAGUUCCUGGUGAUUGCACUUAAGAACGCGGUGGAAAUCUAUGCCUGGGCGCCUAAACCUUACCACAAGUUCAUGGCCUUUAAGUCGUUCACAGAGCUGCAGCAUCGUCCUCAGCUGGUUGACCUCACAGUGGAGGAAGGCCAGAGGCUAAAAGUUAUAUAUGGCUCCUGUGUGGGCUUCCAUGUCAUCGAUGUGGACUCAGGCAAUCCCUACGACAUCUACAUCCCCUCACAUUGUUCCAAACACAUAAAGAUCCAGAGUCAGGUGACGCCCCAUGCCAUCGUAGUGCUCCCUAAGACUGAUGGAAUGGAGAUGCUGCUGUGUUAUGAAGAUGAGGGGGUCUACGUCAACACCUAUGGACGCAUCACCAAGGACGUGGUGCUACAGUGGGGAGAGAUGCCUACCUCUGUUGCCUAUAUCCAUUCUAAUCAGAUAAUGGGCUGGGGUGAGAAAGCCAUAGAGAUCCGCUCCGUGGAGACGGGCCAUCUGGAUGGAGUGUUCAUGCACAAGAGAGCCCAGAGACUUAAGUUCCUGUGUGAGCGAAAUGAUAAGGUAUUCUUUGCGUCGGUGCGCUCUGGAGGUAGCAGCCAGGUGUUCUUCAUGACCCUCAACAGAAACUCAAUGAUGAACUGGUGACGUUUCUCCUCCUCCGCUCUGCCUCGCUCUCCCGUCGGCUAGUCCUACGACCUGCCGUUUCCGCUGCGGCCUAUUGCACGUCAAAAGAAAAUCACCUGGAUCGGCGGAAAUGAAAACUUUUCUAUGCCCUAGAGACUAAUACGAAGUAGGAACAGAAGUUCCAGAAGAGAGUAAAUAAAUAAAUGAAUAUCCUAGACUGAUCUGGGUCAUGCGGAAGCCAUUGUUACUUUACUGACUGGCACUGACCUUCCACAUUUUCUUUUUUCGUCUUUUGCAACUCACCGUUAUCUCUCUUCCUCCCAAAUGGACCAGUGCAUUCAAGGGUUUACUUCUUUACACCUGCCUCCUUCUACCAAUACCCCUUACCCCCCCCCCCCCCAACCCUAACCCCCCAUCAUCUGAUUGCCUUGUCUUCUAUUUUCCUCUUACCCACCUUGUGCAAGCUCGUUCCCAAAGAGCUCUGAAGGAAUUUGCUAAAAGUUGAAGAUGUCCGUAUUGGAAUAGCAGCAGCAAGAACGAAACCGAUGACGGGACUACAGAUUUAGUCCGAGCGUCGGUAAGGAAAGGUGACAGCCUGUUUAAUCUUUAUUUACAUCCUUCUUCACUUCGUCGCAGCGCCAUCGCUCUGUGCCCUGACCAAACGAACUUCUGAUUUCCUGAAGCAUCGCAUUUUCUCGACAGAGGCAGCGGCGCGCUCUGCCGGUAAAUGGGUCGCGAACAAUAUGCAAGUGUUCUAUCUUUCUCCCUUUAAAAUGAAAUCACUGGUCCAUCCUACAUCUGCUCUCAUUUCAUCUUCUCCUUCUCCUCCUCCUCACCUCCUCUUCUCUGUCUCUGUACUUUUUAAACUGAAGGUGCUGCAUCAGAUUUACUGUAAUCUUAAAUGAACAACCGGGGGGUGGGUGUGUGGGGGGGUCAUUCUGUUCAUGUCUGUUCUCAUUCUGUGGAACUUUUUGGACUCAGUGGUUCCUUAAAGUUGGAGGAAACAUACAGCACAUCUGUGUCAAUGAAAUCCAUGAGUGGUGUGUGUGUGUGUAAGUGUGUGUGUGUAUUUGUGUGUGUGACUUGAUGCUGAAGUUUAAAUCAGAAUCAAAGCUAGAAAUUUGAAAAUUCAAUAUCAGGCUGUAUUUCUUUUUCUUCUUCUUUUUUUUUUGUUUUACUUAAUGCGAUCAAAGCAUCACUGGGUUUGUUUACAUGCACAUAUAUUGUGUUAUCUUGUUAGUGUGAAGUUUAUAAGUUUGUGCAUCUUAGCAGCGUGCAUUCAAAGAAGGCAAUACACAAGAGUUGGAUGAUUUUGGGGGUUUGUUUCUUUUUCCUUUAACUGUGCGAAAUUUUUUAUUUGUUUUUUAAUAAGCGGCUUGUCCUAAACUCGACCUCAACAAGAUCUGAGCUAUUCUCGCUACUACUGUGUGCAUAUGUAAGGCAUUCACUGUUGAACACUGUGGGAUCCUUUUAAAACAAGCUUCGCCUCCCGUUUUCUUGUCUGAUUUUGGCUCCUAAAUGUUUGUACAGUGCCUAGCAUGAUGUAAGCAAAACUUAAACAGAAGCCAAAAGGAAAUUUAGGAUUACUGAUCACAUUUUAACUACUGUUUUUUACUUUUAUUGUUACAGAUGUUUUCUUUUACCUCCAAUAUUGAUUUUGUAAUUUUUAUUAUUUAAUGUAACACAUUGUUGAUUAUUAUUUUGUGUUUACUGACAGAGAUAUGCAUUAAUAAAUGUAAGUCUAAUUUUGUUCUUUGACAGCAUUCUUAUCAAAACAUCAAGAAGUAUGGUACACAUUUUCCUUUUACUUUUACCAAUUUAUUCUAACAUGUCCAUGUUUAAGUGGACUCAAUUCUCCCAGAGGAGCUGCGGCAAUAACCAGAGGUUCUCCUGCCACACGUUAUGAUCGGGAAUGAAGUUACUCCAAAGCAGAGUUUAAACCCAAAGUUUUUUCCCCCCUUGACUCGA